AUGUCGACACUAAUUCCGGCAAGUCUCAAGGCAGCGGAUCUUACAAGAUUUAUCAGCAGAGCCGCACAACUGGAAACAGUCCGACCUAUUAUUGCAUAUUGGUGUGAAUAUUGGACUGUAAAUCAGAUCUUAACAAAGGGUCUUCACAGUAAUGAUCCAGGUACACUUAAGUUCACUACAAAUUUGAUGGAUAAACUGGAGCAGAUAAAGGCCGAAAACUCCACAAACGAUGCCAUCAUUGAUGAUAUGGCAGGUCAGGCAUAUGUGGAGCAGUUUGCACUCGAAACAUUUCUGAGAGCUGAUCGAGUCUUGAAGGCUAAUAAGGCUACUAAACAAACUGCAAACACCUUCCAAGCAGCUGCAACUUUUUUUGAACUAAUCAAUAUUUGGUCAUCUCCAGACGCGGAAACAACAUCCAAGAUAAAAUAUGCCAAGUGGAACGCUAUUCGGAUAAUACGGGCUCUGAAAGAGGGUAAAGAUCCUAACGAAUCUAACCCGAAGUCAGUAUUUGAUGAUGACUCGGGGCUGCUGACACUGGACCAGAAUGAUCCAGAAGCCGAACAAUCCAAAAGAUCCACGAGUAAUCUAAAUGCGUUUUUUGAAGAAGUUCCAGACGAGCAAGAUGUUAUAAUUACUUCAAAAAGUCAAUUACCGGCAGAUGAAUCUUCAAUUCUUAUUCCAUGUGCAGAGUUAGAAACGUAUCCACCCUUCGAACCUGAUACCGAAGAUGUAGUCAAUGACACAAAAGCUCCUGAUAUACCCUUACCUUCCCGGGAAAUCUUAACAGACGAGAUUACAGACACCAAGAAUCUAAAUGAAUUUCCAACAGUACCGAAAUACAUUUCAUGCUCCAACACCAGUGAAGCACUACCCCAGCAGAACUGUGGCUCGCUUAGGUCUAAACUUAGUCAAAACUUUGAAUCGUUCCCUCCUCCUAGCUUGGCAAACGAUUCGUCGCAUCAAUCCCUGGAACCACCAUAUAGUCCACUCUCGCCAUUUUCUGAUACCAGACCAAUGGCUCUAACACCAAAAAUCCACGAGACCAGCAAAUCUCUCACAUCUAACCCGAUAUCUGUUGCGGCUCCGGUGAUUCCAGUUAAGGUCCCACAAAGCGUGGUGAGAACUGAUACUGCUUCAAUUGAAAAGGCGCAAAAGCACGCGCGAUGGGCGAUUUCUGCCUUGAAUUUUGAGGAUACUGAUACUGCAGUCAAAGAGCUCAAAGAAGCCCUGAAAACACUUGGUUGUUAA